AACUUCCAGUACGUACCUGCUUGGUGUCACCGCCGGACUGUGUUCUUCUCAGAGUCGUUUGGGGUUCUCCAGUGUUAGGGAGCGUUCAGUGUGUUCCAAGCGGUUCUUCUCCUAAGUUUUCGUUGGUUAUGGUUUCCGUUGUUGCGUGGAGCCCGCGCGUUUGAUGAUACGUCUUCACCGGUGCACUUCCGUUCACUUGCUGCGGUAGCACAGUGACAUUACCCACACACACACACAAAGUAAGGCAACAGGAACCUACCGCAGACGCCAGCCAGGACGGUAGAGGUGGAGAGUGGUAGUACAGGCCACCACAAACCCAGCGGAGAUACAUCUACAAGCGAGACAGGGCGCCGCCGUCGCCACCCCGGGUAACUGUGCUGCACGGAAGGAUAGAGAGAGCGAGCGAGAUAGCGUAGUGCUGAUUUCGUCGAACUUCGCCCUUGAUUGCACGCUGGCCGUGCCCUACGUCGACCGGCGGAAGUGAAAUACCGAGCACUCUCGCGCCUGUGUGUUUGUGUAUGUGUGUAGAGGUGUGCGUGUGUAUGUGUAUCUGCUGUGUGUGUGUGCACGUUUGAUUGUGUGUCGGAGUGCCUCUAAGUACGGUGGUGUGUGAUCCGAGGUUUUGAGAAUCUCGGUAUUUUCUCGACGAAAAAUCACUCGCACCACAGGCCGUCGCCCCUUCUCCAGCAACAUAUACAUCGUUCCUUCGAGCUCCUUCCCUCCCACUACCCUUCCCGCACGCACAGGGAGGGGCAAGAAGACAACGGAUCAACCAUUGUCGCCGCGCGUGUUGAUGUAGUGGUGGAAUUUUGUGAUAAUUGAAUUAGUGCAAUAAUAUAUACGGCCGCGCAUAACCGCCGCGCCACCGUUACCGCCACGACAGUAAAAGCAAAGAGGUUGUUCUGGGGGUGCAAGAAGAAGGAGGCCGUACACAAGGGGGCACAUGUCGGUAUAGCACGUGCUCACACGGUACUCGCGGCCACGACAGCGGAACCGAAAGUAGCAAUAGGCAAGUAGGAGCAACAAACCGGAGCCAAUUCUUCCCAGUGUGAGAACGAGCAUAGCGGUCACCCAGUUGUGUGUGUGUGUGAGUGCGUGCGUGUGUUUGUUGCAGUAGUGAUCGUUCCCGGUUGGAGCAUAUUUAAUCGUCUGAAUCGUCGGACGCGUGGCAAGUGUUUCACGAUCGCAUCCUCUCCCGCCUGUCGACAACUGGGUCGUUGUCGGUCCCUGCCGUUCCGCCGCCCAAGAACGAAACGAAGGAUAACGGAAGCCGACGCCACCGCCGCCGCCGGAAGCGUGAGCCAAUCUCGCCGCCAGCAUGGAGUGCUGCCUGUCUGAGGAAGCCAAAGAGCAAAAGCGCAUCAAUCAGGAGAUUGAGCGGCAGCUGCGACGAGACAAGCGCGAUGCAAGGCGGGAGCUGAAGCUGCUGCUGCUGGGUACUGGUGAAUCGGGUAAAUCAACAUUCAUCAAGCAGAUGCGUAUUAUUCACGGCAGUGGCUACUCGGACGAGGACAAGCGGGGCUUCAUCAAACUAGUAUACCAAAACAUCUUCAUGGCGAUGCAGUCGAUGAUACGAGCGAUGGAUCUGCUGAAGAUAUUGUACAGUGAUCCGGCAAAUAUCGAGCAUGCCGAGCUAAUACGAAGCGUAGACUUCGAGACAGUGACCACAUUCGAACCGCCAUACGUUCAAGCAAUCAAAGACUUAUGGGCCGAUGCGGGCAUCCAGGAAUGUUACGACCGAAGGAGAGAGUAUCAGCUAACAGAUUCCGCCAAAUAUUACCUUAUGGAGAUCGAUCGUGUCGCAGCACCAAACUAUCUUCCAACGGAGCAGGACAUUCUGAGAGUGCGCGUGCCCACGACCGGCAUUAUCGAGUAUCCCUUCGAUCUGGAGGAAAUUCGGUUUAGGAUGGUAGACGUCGGCGGACAAAGAUCUGAAAGAAGGAAAUGGAUCCACUGUUUCGAGAAUGUAACAUCAAUCAUAUUCUUGGUUGCACUGUCGGAGUAUGAUCAGAUUCUGUUCGAAUCCGAAAAUGAGAACCGAAUGGAAGAAUCGAAAGCUUUAUUUAAGACCAUUAUUACGUAUCCAUGGUUCCAACAUUCGUCGGUCAUCCUGUUCUUGAACAAAAAGGAUUUGCUCGAGGAGAAGAUCAUGUAUUCGCAUUUGGUAGACUACUUCCCCGAGUACGAUGGACCACAAAGAGAUGCAAUAGCUGCCAGAGAAUUUAUACUUCGCAUGUUUGUAGACUUAAAUCCCGAUUCGGAGAAAAUAAUUUAUUCACAUUUCACUUGCGCGACAGACACCGAAAAUAUACGGUUUGUGUUCGCCGCUGUCAAGGACACGAUACUUCAGUCCAACCUAAAGGAGUACAAUCUGGUUUGAACUCGGAGAGGCAACAGUGCUUGCUUGCCAUUGGCACCUGCGUUUCGGUAUCGACUACAACAGAAGCAUAAUGGUGAACGAUCGCUGGCGAUGAUCUCGUUUACGUCAAAGGUGUGGUAUCCCUUCAUAAUUAUAUUUGCCUUUGGUGCCAUUCUACUGGAACUCUAUCAUCAUCGUUACCAACAAACCAACAAUUACACGCGCUAUUCGCGGAAGUGUCGGCACAGCAACCAACUAAAAAAAAGGCCGUGGCCCCAUACAGCGCACUGCACCACCCUGUGGACCGUAAAUGUAGUGGUUCAAAGUGAGCUGGGCAACAUCUUCCUCGGAGCGCUACAUCAUCAUUAGUCGUCCGUCAUUAUCGCCACACUACGGUCGCCAUCAUCAUCAUCAUCGUCGUCAUUUGCACACCCGCAACAAGAGCGCAAUGCAAUAGCGAGCAGCAAGAGCGGGCGAGCGGCAACGCGCGGAUACGAUGCUGCAGCGUCGCAGUAUCGUUUCGCGAGCUUCACUCUACAACGUGUGGCCAAUGAUCGUUCAACCUGUGAGGGCACCAUUGUCUUGUUGAGCGCAACAGUAGUCACCUUACAUUUUAUUAAUUGAUUCAAAAGCUGAACGUCAGAUAUGUCGGACCAUGCGUGUCAACAAGACUGUGCCUGUGCUAUUUUCGAAUAGGGGGUAUUUACGUUCGCCUCUGGUUAUUUACAUAUACGAGCAUUAAAUUCAAUAUAUCGUUGCUUCGAUGUUUGCUUUACUGCUUGUGCAAAAGUGGAGUGAAGUCCACAACACCGUUACUGCAAUCAGAAUCUAACAAUCGUGUAUUCACGCACAUGCACACACUCCCAUACUGGAACAUUUAUUUUAAUUAUUCUGUGUAAAACGGCGCAACCUCGACUGUUGGGUGUGUAUAUUAUUACGAGAUCUGCUAAACUGCAUACACACAUACACACACAUUAUGUUGCAAUAACAAGACCCGUAAGUCAGUCCGUGAAUGCAACGAACAGAAGAAUACCAUCACAUAAUAAACAUAACAACAUGUGUACAGCAACUGGGUUCAUUUAGCAGCAGCUGAAUGAAUUUGCAGAGCAAUGGUGAUUAUCCUUACUUGUUAGUGUACUGUGUUUGUUUAGCUUUACCUUCCUACACUGAUUGUAACUCUUCGCAUAGCAAGUUUAGUUCCGGCACGAACCGCUCGUAGAUACUUCCUUAAAGCCAUCUCCUUGCCAAACUAGGACAAUGUAUCGAUGUGCCGACGAUAUAGAAAUAUGUUGAUUGACUGUCUUAUUACACACUCACACACAUACAAAUUGUAGUCAUUUAUUGACAGUUCCUGAGCUUGAACAGGCGUAUUUUUUUAAGACACAUGUUUACGGCACCAAAACAGUUGCGUUUUCAAACGUAUGUUCGUCUCACGUAUCGAUGGAUGAAAGUUCGCUCUCACAUCACCCAAUAGCUAUUUCGAUAACCUGUUAUCUGUACCCGCGUACAAUGGCGAAUGUAUGAUUUUGUUUUAUUUCAAGUUUCCUUAAAAGGAGCAAUUCGAAGAAAUCCAACUUGCUAAACCGACAAAGUUUCGACCAAUCCAUAGUAAUGUUUGUUACAGCACAGAAUGGAGAAAAGCUAAAAUUUAGAAGAGACUAUAUUAUUAUUUUACUUUGUAAAAAUAAUGUUAUGGGUGUUUUCGUGGGGUUUAGAAGGCGAUUGUGAUAUCGCGCCUUCAAACUCAUAAGAUGUUGCCGGUUCACAACACUAUUUAUUCCCCUGAGUUACAAAGAGAGAUACGUUAAUAUGUUUACUGGUACUACCAAUCGAAUCAUAGUCAGAUGCGUCGUCCUCUUCCACGUUAACGCAGAGGAAGAACGCGUAUAGUUCUUGUAUUUUUGAUUACUAUUGUUUAUAGUUUUGCUAUUUGCACUUCCAUUGCCCACUUAUCCGAAUUGCCGAAAGCCGCGCCAACCAGAAACGCUAAUGCAAUCUCUGUGUUGCAAGUGAGAUAAUCACAUACAUACAUACAAACAAAUAAAAUCCCCACAACCCCAGAUACACACACCGUCAAAUAGUAGAAAUAUUUCCAAUGAUCAAACGAAAAACGACGUUAACAAGAAUCAUUCGAACGGAUUGGUCGAAUAAUUCUGUUUUACACUACAGUGUACAUCCCCCAACCCCUCCAUUUGCUUAAGUUGUUGCAUUUAGGUGUCGUUGAGUGAGAGAACGUGCAAAGCGCAGAUGGGCAGACACGGGAAUGGGCAGAUUUUUACGUGCAUGAAUAUUAAGGUAAUAAUAUACAUCGGACUGUGAAUUAAAAGAAACAUAAAACAAGAAAGCAAUCACUUAACUCAGACCAGCAGGCCCAGGCUCAUCACCACGGACAGCCAUAAUAGUGCGUAAGGGGCUGAUUUAUGUUGAUCGCCCGUCAGGGCCACGAUUCCUGCGCCUCCCGUAAAUGAUUUGAAAACAAUACACACCCACACCCAUACACACACGAGAUUCGCUUUUCAUAUCAUGAUUUAGUGUCAAACAGUUGACAGCCGCUAGUUAAAUGUGAUUAUUACCAUCGAGGGGGCGUGCGAGGAAGUCUUUGAAAUGAGUUUGCUAUUAUUAUAUGUGUAUGUGUUCCAAUUUCUGGCCAAUUAAACCAAAAACAAAAGAAAGAAGAAAAGAAAACAAACGAUCGAUCAGGGAAGAGGUAGAGAGGAAACUGUGUCAAAAGAAAAAGAAAAAGAAUAGGAAAUCCCACGGGAACUACACCAAGCAGCAGCUGUGUUAUGUGUGGGAUUUAUCCCUCCCAUUUUCACCCAAGUUGAUGUGAUAAAUCGAGAAACGCAAACGAACGAAGCAUGAUAUCGUUUUUUAGAACAUUUCCCAACUGCUGCACUCACUUGAUCGUUCGAUCAGAUCCAGAAGAUGCGUGUAUAAUAAUCGGGUCGUGCGGGGUAGUAUGUGUUUUGUUACGUUUUUUUUCUCCCCCUCCCCCCGCUUAUGUCUCGUUACGUUAUGAUUUUGAUUCGUUUAUUAUUUUGUUUAGUUUAAGCGUUGGACCAUGUUCAGCCUACCUUCAGCUCUAAAGGCGGAAUAAUAACCGGCUGCUACAGAAUGCAGGCAAAGAAUUGUGGAAUUGCAAAACGGCAGCGGCAGCGAACGGGGGAAAAUUAGUAAAAUCCCCCGGACACAUAACCUCCCCUAACGUUAUGAAUGGUUACCUUAUUUGUAUCUGUUGUUUUGUCACCAUCAGCCUCGUUAUACAUAUAAAUAUAUAUAUAAAAAUACAUAUAACUCAUAACUAAUGUAUGUGGUAAAUGUACAACCAACCCUAACCUAACCUUUAAGUUAACUUACGCGUGUAACAGAUACCAGUGCGCACCCUUACUGUGUCCGUGAGUCAUCGUCUGCGUUCUUGAAAUGGGCUUCGGUCCAAUAAAUAUAGUUUAGAAGCCGGCAAAAAUAUAAGCGGUUUCUGCAGCAAAACGCGAUCGAGAUUUUUUUUCCCUUUUACUCCUUACUGCUCCCGAAUGUGUUUGUGUACUCCGGAUAUUGUUAUCAUUCUUCAAUUGGUUUUUGGUUCGCUUCUUUCUUUCUUUCUUUUCUUUCUAUACGGCAAACAACACGACCUGAGAUGAGAUAAGCUCCCCGAUCAUGUGUACAGGAUGAACGAUCACAUUGAAAUAUUAUCUGCCCGUCACUGUGAGGGUAAUGGUUAGGCAUUUAACAGCAGGGCUAUAUCGGUAUCAUACUAUUUGGUGACAUUAAUUUGCCACAGUUUAAUACCACAGCAUUGGAAUCGAAAGCAAAUCCGCUCACAUGAAAAUCAGUUUGAAGAAGACUCCCCGCGUGGUGUUAUAGAGGACAAGUUUCCACGCCAGCGCCAGUUUGUGAUGCUAAUGCGGCUAAUUUACGCGCCGAUUUCUCAAAGAGGAACAUUUUUAGAAACCAAAAUGUAUAUGGCACAUAUUCUUCCAAAAUUAUUAAAAAAAAAAAAAACAUACAUUGGUGUAUAUGGCAGAUUGGUGGAAUUUUCUUGGGAAUUUUCGUAGUAUUAUGUUGUUUCCCAAAAUCGACACUAGGUGUCCCGUUCUAAGUCAAAUGUCAAUAACAACAACGACCCUUUGUGACAUUGUGAUACACAUCUAUGAUGGAGGCACUACGUAAUAGGCUGACCAUGCGUCCCUUGGCAACACCGGAAAACGAGCCCUGUAAUUCGAGAACAAAACAAUCGUUUAAGUAGCUAGAAAAUGGAUCUUUUAGUUAACUACUUUCUGGCUAGAAACAUAAAGCUAAAUUUCUCCUGCAAUAAUGUGUGACGGUGAGGCACACGUAUCUUGUGUGAAACUGAAUGCAACAAUACUGCAACGUUUUUUUUAAUGUUCCAUCUUCCACUGACUUACGCAUGAAAGCAGGAAUGUGCCAACAAAACCAAACCAAAUUAGAAAACAUCCUCACCUGUGAGCACAUGGAUACAUUAAAAAACUGAAACACUUUCCAAAAGGCAUCAUGAAUGAUGGCACUAAAAUACAUCACUUAACGCUUCUUUCCUGUACGACCAUACGCCCAUGUUUUGCUUUAUCAUCAACUCAUACUUGUCAAGCAUGUGGCCCUGUUUUAGGAACCGCCAUCACCUCAGCUUGCAAGGAUCGACGCGUGUGAGUGUGUGCGUGUGUGAUGUAAAAAAAGUCGCUUUUCCCAAAAAUAAGCAUUAAAAAGUGCGUUUAUCUCAUAUCUCUAACCAUUCUCUCCCUUCAUCAUUUUAGCUCUAUGAAAGUAUAAGAAAACGAAGAAGAAGAAAAAAACAAACACUUCUAAUACCGCCUCAUCUGCAUUACAUACAUACUUUGUGCCAUUUUCAAUCUUUGAUUUUUGUUUAACAACGUAAACUAUAUUACAACAUCCACAUCUAUUGCACAGGCAAUUGCGUCGAAACAAAAAAGAAAAACGAACAUAAGAAAAAAUAACAAAAAAAGGAAACAAACCAUGUGAUUCACACAUUAUUUUACACGCUGCUUUGGACGCGAAAUCACGAAACAAAAGCAAAGUGUCUGGAAGGACAUUCUCUCUUCGUCGCGCGCGUGUGUGUGUGUGUUUUUGUUUGCGUGCGAAGGAUGGCGCGAAUCACUAAACCCGGGUAUAAAAGCAAGUGAACUGUGCAAUCACAAGCAAACAUACACACACACAUUAGCAGGGAGGCAAAUCAUUCCACUGAUUCCGCGCGCUCCAUAAGAAGAAAACAGAAAAUCUUAAGUGCAGAAGAGAAAUUACAACAAAAAAAGUAUGCGCAUCGAGCGCCCAAUGCACGUGCAACAAGUGCAAUGGCAUUAAAAAAACGGUUCGAAUGAUUAACCAGUGCGUGUGGGUGCGUGUGCGGGUGUAUGUGUGUGUGGAAGGGUGAGUUAGAACAUUCGAAGUGCAUGUGCAUCUGCAGUACAUGCGACACGCACGCAACCAGCUCCCCUCACUAAAAAUGCAUAAUUAAAUUAAAGCAUUAACAAGCUACAACGUCUCACACGGCAUGCCAAAAACGGAAUGCACACUGUACAUAUAUGUGCAAUAAGGUGCGGGAAAGUGCAUGUGUGUGUGUGGGUGUAUGUGUGUGUGGAGAUCUGGGGCAGGAGAGAGAGAGAGGAACGCAUCCAAACAGUAGUAGACGGUACGGAGCAUUCGAAGCUGCAGCUCUUCGAAGGAAACUUACAUAUAUCUCGAACAAAAACAAAAGGAAACCAAAAGUAAUAUAAUGUAGUAAGGCAACAGUUGCAAUCUUCUGGGUGGAUGAUAAAGAAGAAGAAGAAAAAGAAAGAAGAAGAGCAACAACAAAAUCGGCGGAAAAACAUCACGUAAAAACAAAGCAAAAAAGAGAUAAACCAAAAUUAACUAUGUUUAUCAAAAGAUUGUGCAACAAUGAAUAGAAAAAGAGAGAAGAAAAGAACAAACCAAACUAUCUAUACAUACAUUACAAAAAAAAACAAACCCAGUUAGCGAUACCAGUGAGAAUAUGGGAUGAGAGCGGGAGAGCACAUAAUUCGCUCCUGUGUUGCUAAGGUGUGCAAUAAGAUGGGAGGAAGGAAAACGAAAAGAAGCGAAAAGAAACAAACUAAACAAAAAGUGAACGUUUUCUCAAGCAGCAUCCAAGUAGGUUUGACCAAAGUUUUUAGACAGCAGAGAGAACACAGCAGAGAAGCAAAGCAGCACAGAGCGUAGUGAAUAUGUGUGUGUGAACAACACAGAAGAAAAAGAAGAAGAAAAAAAGGAAACAAAAUAAUAAAAGAAACAUUAGAAAACACUCCCCAACGCGCGAAGAUACCGCCCCAGAUACUAGUGGUGGUAGUAGAGUGGUCGGGCCGAAUUUGGUCGAUUGCCAUCCUGGUUUGGAAGUAAGAUGGCACUAGAUGCAAAUUGGCCGUAAGCGCAAACACCGAGCAGCAGCAGCAGCAGCAAACAAACGCCGCAGCCGCGGUGAGCGAAAUGGUUUUUCUUUGUUUUUUGGCCAGGAAGCGGCUAUGGCUAUGCUGUUGUUCGCUAUUGGUACCGGUAGUCGAAAACCUAAGUCUAUGUCUUUGAAUACGUCUUUGAAUAUGGCUUUAUAAAGCAUAGGCUUUAUAAAACAUAGAAGACUGUAUCCUGCUCCACAAAAGAAGAAGAUUUGUACCGGUACGCACCCAUCCGAACGGUGAGCGAAUCUGUCUGUGUGUGUGUGGUCGCUCGGUGUUUCUGUCGUGGGAAUUCUUGCUGAGCGGUAAUCAAUUCGCCCAAUUGAUUAUCGUUCAGUGUUCGAGUUGAAUUCGACAGACAACGGAAUGUUCAAUGGCCAUCACCGGCUCAUCCUUCUCCUCCCCGUUGGGAUGCGAUCCCAGUACCUGCGUACGAGCGGACAGCAUAGUUACACACCCGCUUGAUCCCAACCAACCAGUGCCAUUCGGAAAGUUAACACAUUUCACCGCUCACCGCGGUUCACGCCCGCUACACAUGAAAGGGAACCAUCUUUAUGUCCCUUGUAUUUUGAACCUGCUUCUAUCGAACGUUUCCUGAUCGGGAAUAUGAUGCCAAUCAUUCGCUUCUGGCUUCAAUUCUUUUCUGUUCAGCCCUCUGUAUCCAUCCAACCAUUUGGCGUCGUCACCAUCACUAGACUAGGGAUUUAAAUUUGUAAAUUUGUAAUGCUUAAAGGCGUAUUACCUAUUUUUAAUUUUCUUCCCUUUUAUGUAUGUAUCAACAAACUAUUCUAUACUUGUUGUACCGAAAAUAACUAUUCUCCCUCUCUCUCUCCCACUGACUUGCCGACCCUCGUCCAGAAGGGUUCAAAAAUGUUGUAAAAUGGUUCACUUUCACGAAUGCUCCACACAAAAAUCCCCGAAUUUGUUGCCCCAAAUAACGAUGAUCGCAUCGAAUACGGAAGAAGGAAGGGUAAGAAAAUGCAAAAGAUUUAAUUUUUGGGUGGAUUAAGUGUUCUCACACGCUCUUAACUAGAAGAAGAAUUGAAAUUGAAAACCACUUUACGCCGCGCGCCACUGAUACAGUCCCCAGUUGGGAGGAAUCAGGCAAAGGAAACGGUUACACAUUUUUAGUGGCGAAUGUGACGGUGAUCUUUUAAUAAGAAAUAAAAGGGUGAAGCAGAAACAACACACAAAAUUACAUAAAGCCUGGUACGAGCUACGACGUUCAGUGCCGCUGCUUUAUUUCAUUCCAAAUCGGUGCGCAGAACAAAGAUGGGUGGACCGAAAUCUCUUUCGGAACAGUGGAAAAUAGAGAAGAAGAAAAAAAAGUAUAAGAAUUGAAAACGAAACACGAUCCCCAAGUAAAUCAUAUUCAUAUAAAGUGAGAAAAUACAAGAGAAGAAAACAUUCACACACACACACACUCACCGAACAUGCAGUCAUAGUAAUCGAGCGAUAGAAUGUAACUAAGGUGAACUAUUUAUGUUUUUAAUUUUACUUAAACGGAAAAUUACCACAAUGGCACAGAAGCAAAGUGCAGUGAAAGUGUAGAGAAAGAUAGAGAGAAAGAGAGAGAGAGAGAGAGAGAGAGAGAGAGAGAGAGAGA